AUGGAAGUGGCUCCACUGCACAAGCACCCAAAACUGACUGAUGCCUCAAGAAGUCAUGCUCUCAGCAAGUCUUGCGACCAGUUGCAUGUUUGUUUGGCAUUUAUAAAGCAAGGUGGCAGUCAGACAGAAGUCCUUGGGUUUAGCAAACUGUCAUCUGUGCAGGGAAUUUCAAAUGCUUGUCUUGUGGGAUCAGUCAUUGUGAGAGAAAUGGACAGGGGCAAAGGUUUGGGGAAAGUACUGAUGAAUCUUACAGAAGACUAUGCAAGAAGACUUGGUACGAGAACUGUAUACCUAAACACUAUAGACAAAGAUAGCUUCUAUGCCAUGGAUAUGUCAGAUGCAGCCCAUUCACUGCCAGUCAUCACUGAUCAUCAUUCAAAUGGCACACUUUGCCAGCCUCCCAGCGGAACACCUUUACUUUUAGAGAACAGAAGUGAUAAUACCACCACUGCACGUCUGAAUUCAUGUGAAUCUAAUUGUGAACAGACUGUAAUCAGUAUUACUCCACCAGCACCUCCUCCUCCAACAAACAACUGCUCACAUCCAACAGCUCCUCUUAGAUCGUAUAGUCGAGCCAUCAUAAAGAUGAAUCCCAACUGUGUUAUCUGGAUGAAGAAAGAUCUGUGA